AUGACUGGAGCACGUGAUGGUGGUGGUAAUAUUGGGUCCCAAAAGUCGACUUUGGAAACCGCGGCGACAAAUAGAAUGGAAAAAGAUGUCCAAUCUCUGAUGAGCUUAAAACCGUUCGCGCGUUUCCUGUUGCAAUACGUCAAAGACGGAGGCGAUAUCAACGUCGACUCUGAUUCUUCCGACAAAAAUAACGUUCCGUCGGAGAUGCGCUUGAUUUUGGAACAAUUGAAACCGCUCAUCGAAACCAUGUCUAGAGAUGAUUUGAUGCUCUUGCUCGAAAAAGCCGCGAGUGGGUUGUACGAGGACGAUUUGCUGAUGCACUUGGCCACAGACGGCGAGAAAGAAGAAGAAGGAGAAGUCGUCGAGGAGAGAGCAGAUUUAGAUUUAGAGGAAAUAAUGGGAACACUCAAACCUGGGUACGUGGUAAAAACGAAAGAUGCGAGAGGGAGGAAAGUUUUGGUGAACGUGUGCGGGGCGAAGGAAGUGCCGAAACCGGCGCGAUGGAGGAUAACGGAAGAGGAGGAGGAGGAGGAGGGAGGCGACGAUCAUGAAAUAAAUGACUUGGAAAAGACGCACCGGUUCCCGUUGGCGUGUAGCGAUAAGAGGGUGGAUAUCGACCGCAACGGGAACGCGUGCGACGUGUACGACGUGGCGUUUAACGACGAGGUUGUCGAAGUCGCCGCCAAGGCGAUGUUUGACAUCGCGACGAGAGAGGCGAAACUGAGAGAUACGUUGGCGACGGUAUGCGUGGAAGUUGUUUCGAAAAAGUGCACCACGGGAGGAGGAGAAGGAAACGCGUUGGAUCCAAGGUUUACGUUGCCGAAGCGAGCGUUUGCGGGAGCGUCGCUUCCGCCGCCGAUGCGCGUGAAGAAAUUUUUAUCCUCUUCUUUGACGCGUUCGCAGCUGCGACAACAACACGCGAGACGAAGAAUCGUCGAAAUAAACACGACAAGUAAUAAUAAUAACGCAACAGAAGGGGCGACGCCCAUGUCACCACUCUCGACGACGAGAAGACAACAUCAUCGAAUGGAACAAACGUCCUCCGAAGACGAAGACGAAGAAGAAGGCGGCUUCGCCUUUCGCCUAUCGCCGGAAAGAAAAAAGAAACGAAAGCAAAGCCAACUGAAAAACGUCACCACCAUCGCGAAUGCCGCGGCCGCUGAUACCGCCGCGGCGACGACAUCAGCGACGAAAAAACUGAGGGUGAAAAUAGAAACGUCCUAUCCGGACAAACCGUUGACGACGUUCGCGACGGUGAAAUUGACCUUCGAUUCCGAACAAAGUUUAGACCGCGCAAAAUUAAACGUGUGCAGUCGAGAGUCGACGCUGCGCGUCUCGUUCGACGACGACCACCACAGCAAAGAAGGAGAAGAUGACGAAAAAGAGGACCUUCGUCGCGGGGAAAAAUCGACGCAACAUCAAACGGAGUUUCCGUUCUUCAUCGACGUGGAAAAGAUUCGCGAGAUUGAAGUCGAGGAGUUGCCGAGAGGAGAGAAAGAAGGGGAGAUGGGAGACACCAGCGGCAGCGACACGAGUGGGAGAGAUCCUUUGACGGUGAUGCUGAAGAUACCGUUCAUUUUGAUCAAGUAA